CCCUAGAUUCCAUCUUUAUAUAAAAUGGCAACAAGCCCCAAAGCUUCUCAGUUUCUCCUUUCGGCGGGCAAAAAUGUCGAAGCGAGGGCGCGGAGGAUCUGCGGGUAACAAGUUCAGGAUGUCACUGGGUCUACCGGUGGCGGCGACGGUGAAUUGUGCCGACAACACUGGAGCCAAGAACCUGUACAUCAUCUCAGUGAAGGGCAUCAAGGGCCGCUUGAACAGAUUGCCAUCGGCUUGUGUUGGCGACAUGGUGAUGGCCACUGUCAAAAAGGGGAAGCCCGAUUUGAGGAAGAAGGUCCUUCCGGCUGUCAUUGUCAGGCAGCGCAAGCCGUGGCGGCGAAAGGAUGGUGUUUUCAUGUACUUCGAAGAUAAUGCAGGCGUGAUCGUGAACCCAAAAGGAGAGAUGAAAGGUUCUGCAAUUACUGGUCCCAUUGGAAAGGAGUGUGCGGAUUUAUGGCCUAGGAUUGCUAGUGCAGCCAAUGCUAUCGUUUAGUGUUCUUCAUUUCUAGAGUUCAAUCCUUCUCAAUUCUGUGAUUUUAACAGCUCGUCAUUUUUGAUAUCCGAGAAAGAAAGUAACUUAUUAUAUUAGCGACCUCUAUGAAUGUGAAGUUUAUUGGAAUAUUUUUGAAAGAAUGAAUUAGAUUUGAGUUGAUAUGAAAUUGUUCCAUGAA